AUGUUCAAUCACCUCAAGCUCCUCAUCACCUCCACCCUCAUAUUCUCUUCAUCUGUUCUCGCUCUCCCCACAGCGGAACUCACUCCACGAGGCACACUCCACCCUUGCUCAGUCAAAGUCGACCGCUGGUAUCAAAACAGCUUCGACACCUACUACUUCUCAAAACCACUACUUCCAAGCGGCGAUGGAGACUACAGCGGGAAUUUCUUUACACAAGAAUCCGACGUAACUCCUGUAGGCGGGGAACUGGUGGAACACAAAGUCGGAAGCUACGUCCUGUACAUCUAUAACCUCGCGAAUGCCGCUGAACCAGGACGCAUACAUGAUGCUGGGAAGCUGAGCUUUUCGUGGGGAAAUCAGACUUGGGAUUCUUUUUCGCCGUGUAGUCCGUGUGUUAUUACGCCUGUGGGAACGAACCCGGCUGCGGGUGCUGCGUCGGUUGCUUGUAAUUUUCAGUGUGAUGUUUUUUCAUAG